AUGACGUCAUUGACAUUAGGCGAGAUUUUAAUGGAGAUAAAAUCAGUGAAUAAAAAGAAAAGGAAGACCAGAAACAACUUGGUUUUGCUUACUCUCAUGUGGCUGAGGAAAUAUCCACACCUUGAUACACUUGCAUUAAUAUUUGAUAUGGACCCGACACGUAUUACAAGAACUAUUUACAGAAUCAUACCCCAGAUGUGGCGAUACUUCCAUAAUCAGAUCAGGUGGCCAAAUAAUGCAGAAUGRGCUAAYCUAAUKGGCAAYUGGCCUGAAUUCCCAAAUGCUGUUGGCGCUAUAGAUAGUACUCCACACGAAAUAUACAGGCCUCUAACUGAACCGCAACGACCCUUCUACAGUGGACACCGUCACUACCAUUGCUUUAAUACACAGCUAAUUAUCGAUAACAAUGGACAUUUACGUUUCGUGCAUGCUGGGUUUUUAGGAAGCACACACGAUGCGACAUCAUAUCGUCUAAUGACACCGGUAGGACCUGGACAGCCAUUAUCCCUACCAAACGGAGCAAAACUGCUUGCAGAUAAGGCUUAUCCUGGUGCCCAUCCCCUUCUUACGGCGGUUAGAGCUCAGCAAAUGCGACUGUUGAAUAGGCGAGACAGAAGAAGAGCACAUCGAUUUAACCGUCGCUUAUCUAGCAGAAGAAUCAAAGUUGAACAUGUUUUCAAGGAAAUGAAAACAUACCGGGCUAUUUCAAGUAUUUGGAGACAUCAGCGGUGGUUUAUGCCUGUGUGUAUUGAAUUAGCAGCGUUUCUGGCUGAAAGACGUGUUUCUCUUUUUGAAAGCAUUUAAUUAACUUGUUUGUCUGUUAUCUAAUAUUCAACUGCG